GUUGCAGUGUGAGUUGUGGCAAGCGUAACAGAAUAAUGUUUAUGUGUAUAUCCGAUGCUCCAAAAUAAUUAAAACAUAAUUUUUGUUAGAGGAUACAAACAACCACAUCAAUGUUUAAGAUAUUUUCAAUCAUCACUUUAGUUUUAAUCGCCGUAGUAGGAUUAGGAAGUAGCUACGGGAGAACCGCUGAAGUAGUGCUUAAGCAAACAGCACAAAAAAAUUUGGUCAUCAAAGUUACGAAAAUCCGAAGGGAAAAAAUUAUAAAAUGUUGUGGUACAAAGAGCUGUUUAUCUGGACGAAAGAGAACGACUAACUCAACAGCUACCCAGGCAACAGUAGCAAGCACAACUGCAAAAGCGACGGAGAUGGCUACGGCUGAGCAGGUUCCUGUGACAACUCAAGCAGAAACAACUCUGGACCUAACAACUUCAGAGGCUACCACUGUUAGUCUGACGACAACAACAUUGGAGCCAGAAACAACAACUUCAACCCUGGAGACAACAACUGCAACCCCAGAGGUAGCAACAACAGCAAUGACGACGACUAUAGAAACAACAACCACAACCACAACACCAGAGACCACAACCACUACUCCGGAGACAACAACCACUACACCAGAGACAACAACCUCGACAACCACGUCAACGUCCACAUCCACAUCAACUUCUACGUCAACUACAACAACUACUACUACAACCACAACUACCACCACAACCACAACUACAACAACAACCACAACCACAACUACAACAACAACACCUUGCCCAAACACAUUCAACGUGUCAAGAGUUUUUACCACCUGGGAAAGUGCAAGAUUAGACUGCAACAGAAUGGCUAUGGAUCUGCUCGUUUUGGAGACGAGACAAGAAGAGACGUGCUUCUUUCAAUAUCUACAAACUUUGGGUAGAUCGGGAGACACAUUUUGGAUAGGAAUGAAUUCAGUGGGAAAACCGUCGUUUACUUGGGUUAACAAUGCCGCAUUUAAUUUUACGUCGUGGAAUACCGGUUUCCCAACGAGCAAUCCAAAAGAUUAUUGCGUCACUAUCACAAAUGGUAAAUGGAGCAACCAGAGGUGCAUCAAUAUCAACUACUUUGCUUGCGAAAAGUCAUCAACUAUUACUACUUCCUCUAAAGGGUGUCCUGCAACAUCCUCACUGUAUGUUCUUACAAGAGACCAGAAAUCAUGGGAUGGAGCUCGCGCUGCUUGCGCACAAUCUGGAAACGGCGAUCUUGUUACCUCCGAAACUCCAGAGGAAGAUGAGUGCGUCAGAACGAUGAUUAGGCAGGAUGGACUUGAGAGUAGCUACGUGUGGAUGUCUCUGAAUUGCAUAAACGAAACCUUUUACGAUCACUGGGUGACAGGUGCAAACACAAGUUAUAGAUCUUGGAAACCGGGAGAGCCAAAGGAAUAUCCAGCAGAAAGAUGUGCCAUUUAUUGGCAAAAUGGCUGGUUCGAUUUGCCUUGUUCAAGUCCAACUUAUUACGUUUGCGAAGCGACUCUGCUCUGAUUAUUUUUUGGUUUUUAAUGUUACACAAAAUAAUAUAAUUUCAAAAUCAGCAAAAACCGCAAAAACAACUAAGUUCAACCAGAACGAAAUACUAAUUGUUUAUUUUUGUCUGUGAAAUAUUAAAUUAGUAAAAGAGUAGCAAUGCAAUGUAAAUCUACUCAAUUUAUUGACAAAACAAAUUUAAUUAACAGGAUGAAUUUACAAAAACAUUGUACGACACAUCAACAGCUUCAAUACUGAAAACUAAAUAACAAUGAAUGAUCUAAAUUGAAAGUGCA